AACCCACCCACGCACCCACCCCGGGUGCUGAGCUCCCCCUUAUCAGCGCCCCGGGGGCUGCUCGGCCACCGCCUGCGCUGCCCGAUAGCGGCGGGCGCUCGGAUGCGAGCCCCAGCGCCGUGCUUCGGCCUCGGCGAGAGGAGGAGGAGGAGGAGGAGGAGGCCGGGGGGUCCCCACCCCCCUGGAGGGAAGCAUGAGGUGGCCCCAGCCCUAGAGGCAGCCCCCGAGCCCCCAGCCCGGCGUCGGCACCCAGAGGGAUGCGGAGCCACAGAGGACCCUGUGACUGACCCGGCCCCUCCGGUGCGCAGCUGAAUGGAAAGACUGCAGAAGCAACCGCUGACCUCCCCUGGGAGCGUCUGCUCCUCGCGCGGCUCCAGCGUCCCGGGCUCGCCCUCCAGCAUCGUGGCCAAAAUGGACAACGAGGUGCUGGGCUACAAGGACCUGGCCGCCAUCCCCAAGGACAAGGCCAUCCUGGACAUCGAGCGCCCCGACCUGAUGAUCUACGAGCCCCACUUCACCUACUCCCUCAUGGAGCACGUGGAGCUGCCCCGCAGCCGGGAGCGCUCGCUGUCCCCCAAAUCCAUCUCUCCUCCUCCGUCCCCCGAGGUCAUCCGGGAGUGGUUGGAGAGCCGGACCCCCGGCGGCACCUCGCAGCCCCCCCCUCGGCCGGCCGCCAGCACGCCCCGCAGCAGCGUCCAGCACUUCCACCGCCCCGAGACCGACACCACGGAGCUCAACAUCUACAAGAAGCCCCCGAUUUACCGGCAGAAAGAGCCCCACAGCGGCCCCCACCACGGGAAGCACCUGAUCGAGGAUCUGAUCAUCGAGUCGUCCAAAUUCCCCGCCGCGCAGCCCCCCGACCCCAACCAGCCUGCCAAAAUCGAGACCGACUACUGGCCGUGCCCCCCGUCCCUGGCCGUCGUGGAGACGGAGUGGAGGAGGAGGAUGGCCUCCAAGAGAGGCGAGGAGGAGGAGGAGGAUCUGACGGAGGAGAUGAAGAGCCUGCGGGAGCUCCAGCGGCAGGAGCUGAGCAAGGUCACCUCCAACCUGGGGAAGCUGAUCCUGAAGGAGGAGAUGGAGAAAUCGCUGCCCAUCCGCAGGAAAACCCGCUCGCUGCCGGACCGGACGCCCUUCCACACGUCGCUGCACACCGGCAGCUACAAGAGCUCCUCGCUGCCCGCCUCCGGCCGCAGCACCCUGACCCGGCUGCAGUCGGCGGAGUUCAGCUCGGGGAGCAGCGAGAAGGGGAGCCCGGGCGUGCAGAACGGGCAGCGCGGGCGCAUGGACAGAGGCAACUCCCUGCCCAGCAUGCUGGAGCAAAAGAUUUACCCCUACGAGAUGCUGAUGGUGACCAACAGAGGCCGCGUCAAGCUGCCCCCCGGCGUGGACAGGACCAGGCUGGAGAGGCACCUCUCCCCCGAGGAUUUCCUGCGGGUCUUCGAGAUGCCCCCCGAGGAAUUCAGCAAGCUGGCCCUGUGGAAGCGCAACGAGCUGAAGAAGAAAGCCUUCCUCUUCUGACCCCCCCCCCCGGCGCCACGACCCCCCCCCAGCCGGUUUUUAGCACCCCCCCACACCCCUCACGGCCCCCCCCCAGCCCCCUACCGUUUUGCAGGGGGCUCAGCCUUG